GGAAUAUUCAUGAAAUCACGUAUAGACGUAUAGAGCUCCGCCACACAGAGUGCGAAUAGAUCUAUCUUAUCAACAAAUAUUUAUUGUAAACUCGUUUUAUAUUUCUUAAUUCAUAUAUGUAAUAGUGUGUUCAAUAAAACAUUAUAUUUAAUCAAGAAAAAAGACGUAAUUAAGAACCAAUAUCGGCGUUGCAUAUAACCACAAAAUAAUUAUUCGAGUUCCAGUACAAAAACGUUUAUUUUAUAAUAUAUUUCACAUUGUCGCCGCGGCGUACUUAAUAUACUAGGAAAUGGUCAUGGAGGCUCCACCGUCUCCCCAAUGUGUUGGUCGAGAAUUUGUUCGACAGUAUUAUACACUGUUGAACAAAGCUCCAACUCAUUUACAUCGAUUUUACAAUAAUAAUUCAUCGUUUGUACACGGUGGAUUGGAUGCACCCAAUCGUGAAACAAGUCCAAUGAUCGGGCAAAAGCAGAUUCACCAAAAGAUUCAACAAUUGAAUUUCCAAGAUUGUCAUGCGAAAAUAACGCAAGUUGAUUCGCAAGCUACUUUGGGUAAUGGUGUUGUUGUUCAAGUAACUGGUGAAUUGAGUAAUGCUGGACAACCGAUGAGACGAUUUACUCAGACAUUUGUAUUAGCUGCCCAGUCGCCAAAAAAGUAUUACGUUCAUAACGACAUAUUUCGUUAUCAGGACGAAAUUUUUACGGAUGAGGAAUGCGAUCAAGAAUCUGGUCGAUCUGAAGCUGAUGAUGAUUUAGUUCAAGAACCAUCAGUUCAAGAUAUUCCACAACCAAUAUCGCAACAACAAAUGGCAUAUUUUGCAAACAACGCUGUACCUCCAAACACUCCAAUGACUGCUCAACCACCAACUGUUGUACCACCAACCAUGACUGUGCCGCCUCAUCAUCCAGGUGCUGCUCAAUUAACACCACAAGUGAUAACAGCAGCGGCAACUGGUGCUCAAUCAGUGGUACAAGUAAAUGGUAGUGUUCAUCCUGAUGAUGUCAUACUACCAUCAGUACCCAGUGUUCCACCAGCAGCCGCAGCAGCUGUUACUCUUCAAUCGUCGACCAAUGUUGUAAAUGUGGCACCAACAACAUUACAAAACAUACAGAGUGGUCAACAACAAAAUGUACAGCAAGCGAAUCAAUUACCAAUUGUACCACCCAACGUUGGAAUGGUAUCUCAAUUGAAUAAUCAACAACAGACAGAUGAUGUUAUAACACAUUCAACGUCACAGCAUCAUGUUGAAACUUCACAUCAUGAUUUAAUUGUUGAAAAUAAUAUUGAACAAAAUGAGCAAAAAUCACCUGAACCGGAACCUGCGGAUGAAUCAUUAAAUCACGAUCCAGCACCAAUCUCAAAUGAACCGAAAACUUAUGCCACUUUAUUAAAAUCUGGUGGUACAGGUGGAGGUCAAGUAUCAUUUGCAUCAGCGGCUAUGUCAACUAGCCCCAAUCAACCGAUAUCCAAACCAAUCUCGUCACCGCCACCAUCAUUAAAUCGAGGAGAUGGUCGUGAACACACUCCAUUAUCAUCAAGUGGUUUUAAUUCAAAUUCCUCAGGACCAUUAGGACAGCGUAGUGCAGGGCCAAAUAGAUCUAACAGGUCUUCUGGUGGCCCACCAGGAGCGGUUCGUGGACCUAUACGACAAGAUUCUCGUCAAGGUCCAGGGCGAAAUAGUUUCAAUGACGACAGCAAUGACGACCGGAGAAGAAGUACGGGUGGUCCUGGUUCACAAUAUGGAGACAGUCAUCAGUUGUUUUUAGGUAAUUUACCUCAUUCAGCAACUGAAGAUGAUUUGCGUGAUAUCUUUAGUAAGUUUGGAAGUAUUGUUGAUUUACGGAUCCAUAGUAAACCAACUGGUAAAGGUAUGCCUGGUACACGAGUUCCAAAUUACGGGUUUAUCACAUAUGAAGAUCAACAAUCCGUACAAAAUUGUUUAAAUGCCCGGCCAUUAUAUUUCCCUCCAUCAUCGGAAAACAGACAGAAAUUAAAUGUAGAAGAGAAGAAAGUACGAUCAAAAGCAAUGGAUGGUGGUAGAAUUGGCGGAAAUAAUCAACAAGAAAACAACAUGGGUGGUGGCAGACCUGGAAAUGGACCAGGUGGUGGACCUAGAAACAAUGGUGGAGGUGGUGGUCCAGGUGGCAACUUAAUGCGAUCACGUGGUGGUCGACCCGGUGGUGGAUUUAAUAGAUCCGAAGGAGGUGGCAGCGGUGGAGGUGGUGGUCCAGUAAAUAGGGGAAAUAAUAAUUUUAAUCGUCGCUAACAACCCCAUCUACUGAGUCACAAACCAACAUCAAAUUUCAUGAAAUCACAGCAGCUUUACAGAUUUGUCGUCAACACAACUCUUCUGUUCACUGUUUAUGAUAAAUACAGGGUGGGGGGUUUACACACCACCAAAAAAUCUAGCAACGUUAAUUAUUACACGUAACUACUAAAAUGCCCUGUGAUUGGUUUUCUCAUAUAAUUUGAACUAAUUAUAAAAACAAGUAAUAAAAUAAGUUGAGCUAAUUUAUAUAAAAAACAAAAUAAGUAAAAAAAAACUCUCGUUUGUAAUUAAAAGUAAAAUAAGAGUACCUUCUAUAUAGUGAUGAUGAGAAAUAGAACGAAUAAGACGAGGAUUAAUAAAAAAAAAAAUACAAGAAAAAAUUGUGAACAGAAACACUACAGUUUUUAAAAAUAACAAAACAAAAAAGAAAAUAAUUAUUAAAUAUAAGGACACGAUGAUCUUAAUUUUUUGUGUUAUUCCCUUUGUUCGUUCGUUAUUAUAGUUCGUUGUCGUUAAUCAUCGUCGCGAGUGACACUGAUGCCGCUAAAAAUAAUAAUCUAUGGAUUAAAAAAACGAAGGCGCAUGAUUUUAUUAUCAAAAUGGUGUUUAUGGACAAUCUUAUGUGUUGUACAGGUUUUUCUACAUGUCCGAUGAUCAUCAAACCAACAGACACAGCCACAGCAGACUGACUGAUCCAAUUAAAAAUCAAUCAGUUUGUUUUUGCUGUUUUAUACUUUAGUGCCAAGUUUUUAAUUUAAAAGAGAUUUAAAAUAAUUUAAAAAAUAUUUAAAAGAAAAAUUUAAAUAAACUGUCAAAACGUGAGUGGUUUGGAGUAUAACAAAUAUGGCUGGCUGGCUAGCUAACUAACUGCAAAACUACCGUACCAUGUGGUACAUCAUUUUACCUAAUACAUUUUUAAGUACACUCUUGUUUGUGAUUUAAUUUUUUUUAAUGAUCUCAAUCUAUUUUAGCUUAGCACACACACAUCAUGUCAUUUUCAGUUCAAAAAAACCAACACAAAAAUAACUAAUAAAUAUACAUAUAUACAUA